CGCCCGCGGCAAGAUGGGCGCCCUGGCCCUGGCCCUGGGGAUUUUCCACUACCUGGGGCUCUACCUGCAGCUCGGCGCCGCCUCCCGGCACCCCCCGUGGGACGCCCCGGCGGCGGGCAGCGCUCUCUUCACCGAGAUCCCACACGACAUGACGGCGCAGGCGGGUGAGGAUGUGGAGAUGGCGUGCUCCUUCCGCGGCAGCGGCUCCCCCUCCUACUCCCUGGAGAUCCAGUGGUGGUAUGUCCGCAACCACAAGGACUGGACAGACAAACAGACAUGGGCUUCCAGUCAGCUGAAAUCAUCACCACCAGAGGAGCCUGGGAAAGAGGCGACAAAAAUCAGUGUGGUGAAAGUGGUCGGCAGCAACAUCUCCCACAAGCUGCGGCUGUCGAGGGUGAAGUUGGAGGACGAGGGGACCUACGAGUGCCGAGUGAUCGACUCCAGCGACGGCAAGGCACGGCACCACAAGGUGAAGGCGUACCUGCGGGUGGAGGCAGCGGGGGGCCCGGGGCACCCCCAGGACACCGAGCUGCGGGAGGCGCCGCUGGCAGAGCUCGCCGCGCCGGGCUCAGCCCACGCACACCACCACCACCACCACCACAAAGCCGGGAGGGAGCUGAAGAAGCGCUCGGCAGACACCUCCUGUGUGCUGUAGGUGGGCGGUGCGGGGGGACGCCGGAGCCCCCCUCC